CGGCACGGCGGGCAGGGCCGGGCCGGGCGGGGGAACCGUCGCCCAGGACUUGGAAGCCGGAUCCUCGCGGCCGAUACAUAUGUUUAAUUCAAAAAGUGUGAGUGGCUGCAGUUCCUGUUACUGGAGUUGUAAACUGCAUGGAGCACUUACAAGUCUCUCCCACAUUGGUGUCCUGCCUCUCCAGUCCCUUUGACCUUGAAGUCUGGAAAGGCUGGCACUGACGGCAGGCUCACCCUGAGACAGACAGCCUGCCCCUCCCACAACAAAAGCUCACUGACGUUUUUUCCUCUUGAUUCGUGUGACUGACAGUGCUUCUCUUUCUACCCCCAGCUCCAGCAGCAUGUAAACAACUUUUGCCAAGAAGCCAGGUCACCGCCAAGAAAGGGGUCUUCAGAAGAAUUUUGAGUGGCCACCUAUGCCAGGUGUGCCUGGAGUUCUGCAGGCAUGAGAUAUUCCAUGCCAGCCUCCGUGUGCCACUGGCGAAGGUUGAGGCUCUUCAGGUAGGAGGGUCCUGGGGGCAGCAGCGCCAGGACCCCUUCCACAGGGAGAAUGGGGCCAGAUACGAACGCUCUACAGUGAAUUUGGGUUUCAGCCAACUUAUGAAGGAAUUUUAAGCAAAACGAUUAUUUAAUUUCCACGUAUUCACCUUCAAAAACCUUCUGUGUGAAGUGCAAGUAUCACUCCUCCACGGGAGUUAUCUGGAGUUUUCUGGAACCAAGGUGAACUCUUCUUGGUACUUCUGGCAAUACAGAUCUGCUGGACAGAUUGAUCUGCUGAAUGCUGUGUGGCACGAAGCGGAGCAGAACCUCUGGAAGCCGUGGACAGGUAGUGGAGUGGAGAGUUCUCCUUUGCCACUUGCACAAAAACACAGCCUGGACACGGAUGCUGUACUGAAGACUUGUUCUGCCGUGCUCACUGUCAAGUUCCUCUGCUCUGUGCAAGCAAUUGAAUGAUGUGAUCCUGGGAUGGAGUUUGUCACCCGUGGGGGACUAGCUUCCUUUCCCAGGUUGGUGCUGUCAGAAAGGACCAUCUGAAGGCCCCGGUUUGUGCGUGGGGAAUCGGGCACCAGCCUGGCCUGGAUCCUCCACCAUGUUCCUCUUGCUGCCUUUUGAUAGCCUAAUUGUCAACCUUCUGGGCAUCUCCUUGACAGUUCUCUUUACCCUCCUGCUCGUUUUCAUCAUAGUCCCUGCAAUUUUUGGAGUCUCCUUUGGUAUCCGAAAGCUCUACAUGAAAACUUUGUUAAAAAUCUUUGCGUGGGCUACCUUGAGAAUGGAGAGGGGAGCCAAGGAGAAGAACCACCGGCUUUAUAAGCCCUAUACCAAUGGAAUAAUUGCAAAAGAUCCUACUUCACUAGAAGAAGAAAUUAAAGAAAUUCGUCGAAGUGGUAGUAGUAAGGCUCUGGAUAAUACUCUGGAGUUUGAGCUCUCUGACAUUUUCUACUUUUGCCGGAAAGGAAUGGAGACUAUUAUGGACGAUGAAGUGACCAAGAGAUUCUCAGCAGAGGAGUUGGAGUCAUGGAACUUGCUGAGCAGAACCAAUUAUAACUUCCAGUACAUCAGCCUUCGGCUCACUGUCUUAUGGGGGCUAGGGGUGCUGAUUCGGUAUUGCUUUCUCCUGCCACUCAGGAUAGCUCUUGCGUUCACGGGGAUCAGCCUGCUGGUGGUGGGCACCACUGUAGUGGGAUACCUGCCAAAUGGAAAGUUUAAGGAGUUCUUGAGUAAACAUGUUCACUUAAUGUGUUACCGGAUCUGCGUGCGAGCCUUGACUGCCAUCAUUACCUACCAUGACAGGAAGAACAGACCAAGAAAUGGUGGCAUCUGUGUGGCUAAUCAUACAUCCCCCAUCGACGUGAUCAUUUUAGCCAGUGAUGGCUAUUAUGCCAUGGUGGGUCAGGUGCACGGAGGCCUCAUGGGUGUGAUUCAGAGAGCCAUGGUGAAGGCCUGCCCCCAUAUCUGGUUUGAACGGUCUGAAGUGAAAGAUCGCCAUCUGGUGGCUAAGAGACUGACUGAACACGUGCAAGAUAAGAGCAAGCUGCCUAUUCUUAUCUUCCCAGAAGGAACCUGUAUUAAUAACACGUCGGUGAUGAUGUUCAAAAAGGGAAGUUUUGAGAUUGGAGCCACCAUUUACCCUGUUGCUAUCAAGUAUGACCCUCAGUUUGGUGAUGCAUUCUGGAACAGCAGCAAGUACGGGAUGGUGACAUACCUGCUGAGAAUGAUGACCAGCUGGGCUAUCGUCUGCAGCGUGUGGUACCUGCCUCCCAUGACCAGAGAGGAAGAUGAAGAUGCUGUGCAGUUUGCUAACAGGGUGAAGUCUGCCAUCGCCAGGCAGGGAGGGCUGGUGGACCUGCUGUGGGAUGGUGGAUUGAAGAGGGAGAAGGUGAAGGACACAUUCAAGGAGGAGCAGCAGAAGCUGUACAGCAAGAUGAUUGUCGGGAACCACGAGGACAGGAGCCGAUCCUGAGUCUGCCUCCCUCGCUGGCUGGCGCCUCUGCCUGGGGUCCCAGCAGUGAGCCGGCGGGAGCCGCAGCCGCUCCUGCUCCGCUUCGCCGCCGCGCCCCGCUGCCCCCUUCCAGACUCAGGACCCCAGGACUCCAGUUCUGCAGAGCCACACAGGGCUCCCUGGGCUCGGGCAGCACAGCCUGCCACAGUCACCUGCCGCACCGUCUCUGGGUGCUCCAGCCAGGACAAAAUGCCUUCUCGUUCCCUUUCCGAUAAGCCCGCUGGCGGAGUGCCAUUAAAGCCAGCUCUCCACCCGUGUGCGCCUCGGCUGAGUGGGUGGGUGGACCGGCCUCUACCGUGGGAGGGGGCUGGGACUCAGCCCGUGGGAUUCCGUGUGCCAGGGACUUACAAGGGGAGGCCUGCACAUGGCCAAGAGGUGCCCUGCCAACACGGCCGGGCCAGCCUCAGCCCACACGGCAGCCCAGCCUCAGAUCUCUGCAGACCCCAUGGAAAGACACGUGUUGUCAGGGGCGUUGGGCCAAGUGACAUUUUAAGUUCUCGAGCCCCCACGUGAGGGGUGGGGAGCGGCUGGGCCCCCCCCCCCCCGCCCCGUGACCAGUCUGUGACAGGGAAUCUGUGUUCAAACUCCAGACCGAGUCUGAAUUUCCCACGUGACUUGCACUUCGUUUAGUGUGUGCCUCGUCUUCCCCAUGUGUGUCUUGGGCCAGCAGGGGAAGGGAAGGAGGUGACAUCUACCUCACAGGGUUGUUGCGACUGUGAGUGAAGGCCGUGGGCUUGCAGCGCCGGUACAGGCGCGUGGCGCGACGAUGUCGGCUCCGAGCUGUGCGCAGGGCCGGGCGCGUGUGUGAGUUAAUACAGCUGGAUGCCGAACGAAUGAAGGGACCUUCCCUUUACUCUCUGCCCCUUGAAUGUACCCUGAAGAUCAUAUUCCCUCUCAAGUUCAGUUCUUGGGCUCGAACAUAAUAACCCUGGGACGGCAGGGUCUGCACCUGACUUCCAGAAUGAGGGUGCACCACUCAUACCAGGCACCUGCACCUCUCUGGCUAGUUUACAUUUUCCAGAAUAGACUGGUUUCCCCACAGAUGGAGACAUGGGAUUGGAGGUGUGUGCGAGGCACUGGUUGCUUGAGGUGGGGGCGAGGAUGGGCUGAGUUGGGGCAGUGUGGUUAGUAUAGGAGUGUGCGAGAGCAGGAGUCCGGAGGAUGGGUGAGGAGCUGGGCAGAUCCAGAGCCAGCCGUGUGGGAGCUGCUCACUUUCAGUGUUUGGGGGGAGAGGGAGGUUUGCUCAACCGCCAUGCAUCCGUCUGUCUGUCCCUCCCUCCUGUGUCCCUCCAUGCCAUUGUGGAAAGGUCAGGACCCCUCAGGAUUUUGUGCCAGCUCUGGUGAGUGUCACCUGAGAUUUGGGUCGCAUUGUGAGUGAAGCCCGGCUCUCGAGGCCUCUGUCAUUCAAGGCCCCUGUCCUUUAGGGUGUCCCUGCCACCUCCCCACAUCGUCGCCUGUUUCCUCAACCUGUCCCAUUGCUAGCCCGUGAAAAGCUCUUUCCUCUCAAAUAAAAACACUGUUACGACUAAGAAUGCCUCUUAUGAACUGUUUUAUGGAAUAAAAGGUUUAAGACUAAAAGGUUUUCAGCUGAUGGGGUGAGGGUGUACGGCCAGUUGGAAUGAUACUUUAAAAUUGGUUUUGAAAAUCAAGUUCCCUUGAAAAGAUCCUCUCGUAAAGUAGCUGCUUUUAUUUUGUGAUGUGCAUAGGGGACUUUAUGCUUUGUUUUUGCUUAUCUCGUGUUUCACACACCUGUUUGUUGCCAGUGACAGCAUAGAACAAUGAAAUGUCUACAGUCAGUGUUAAGGUAUCCUAACUGCCCUCCUUUAACUGGCGGUCCUGCAGGCCUGAGUUGUCACAGAGUUUGAAUAUUGGUUUGGGAUUGCAGAGUUGGUAUGUAGGAAAACCUCACAAUGUACUACAAAGUGCUCUUGGAUCCCUGCCCUUACUGAUGGGCAGAUUCCAUCCACUUGCACACCUGCUGCUCCAUUGCCGUUAUCCAUAUCUGUUUCUUGGUACAUAGCCAGGAAAUUGGGUUGUGACUUCUAAGGCCUUCUACCUCUGUUGUUUAAUUUUUGCCUCCAAUACCAGGGUUUGAACUCAGGGCUUCAUGCAUUUGCUCGCUUGCUUGCUUACUCAGCUGGUGCUCUUGAGCUACCCAGCUUUUGCCAGUGGUUUUAGAAGGUGACAUCUUUUCUGUCCAGGCCGGCUUCAAACUCAGUCCUCUAGAUCUUGACUUUCUAAAUGAAAUUACAUGUGUGAGCUCCCGUUGCCCAGCUAAUCACUGCAGAUUUUAAGCAUUUCAUGCAUACUGGCUUUGAGUUCUAAAGUCUCAUGAGUUUUGAAAUUAAUCAUUGGUUUCCCCCCAGGCUGACGAUGCAGUUUUGUUUUGGGUUUUUUUUCCCCCUGCAGUGUCCCCAUGUGUGAAGCCCUCAAAGAGUUUAGGUGAUGGUGAGCCAGACCCACACUUCUUGAGAUGGGCUACUUAAGAUUGUGAAUUAAAGGUAGAUUUUUUUUUCGUGCAAACAUGAGCCUUUCCCAGCUGGAGAAAACUUCCCAAACUAUCAGUCAAGUACACUGACAGGAAGCUCAGUAGAUGGGCCUGCAGCCGGGAUAAGUGAGCUCACCUUGGCCAAGUAGUGUCAAGUGACCUCCUGACAGAGAACCAAUAGUAAUUUCUUGCUGCAGAACUCCCUCGAUGUGAGAAGGAAGCGGUGGGGCAGGUGGUGGCGAGGGGCUGAGGCACCAUAAUGUCUCCGAUCUUUGACAGACCCAGUGGCCAGAUUUCAUCUAUGAACCCUGCUGCUUCCUUCCUAGAAUUGACCAUUCUCGGGGUCUGGGGUGGUACUUCCUUCCGUCCCCCCGCUCGCUGAAGAGGCCGCCAUGGGCAGGCUCAUCCCCUGCUGUGCAUCUCGGGUGGCUGGCCCUCAUCCUGGGCAGCCUGGGAUGGUGGGGCUGGGAGGGCAGCUCGCGCACGCGCACUGACUCUUGGACAGGUUAAGAGACGACCAUCCAGCCAUCCAUCUUCCAUUGCACUCACACCCUCUCCCCCAGUCAAUACGUCUCUCUCCGAUGGGAAAGUUAAUAAAUUUUGCUCUAGAUUAAAAGUAUUGAUCAUUUCAUUUGUAAACGAUAAAUAAAAAGGGGGAACUUUUCAUCGCACCAGGGGUAGUGUCUGGUGUAUUUUGCUGGUGAAAUUCAGCUCGCUGUUGGGGGGUGGGCUUCUCAUAUGCAUUCCGGCCGGCCAGCUGCAUUGAUUUCCUAUUAGUCUCCCAGCACCACCCAGUAACACAUCAUUUCAGUACCUGCUAUUAAUGGUCUUUUGAUAAAUAAUCACUUGUAAGUCAAUAAAUUUUUAUUAAACAGUG